CUCACACCGUCCGCUGGUGACGCACGGCACGUAUACAGUAACUGCCAACUCGCACGCCAUUGUUGCUCAUUGUCACACUUGACUCCCUGUGCUGCCUCCACUACUACUACUGCUACUGGUAUAGCCUACAGUUCAGCCAGCCAGCCAGAGAAGAAUGAUGACGAGAAGAUCGGGACACAGCUUUAGGAAGCUGAUGAAGAGGGGGACGAGCGUACGGGACUCUUUAUGGGGCAAACUCACCUCCCAGCACAGGCACGCCGCCGGCGGAUACGGGUACAAGACGCCCGGCGAUGACAACCCCAACGCCAGCCAAGGCCCCGAUGUGAGGACUUCUCUGUCAAGGCCUGCGUGGAGUUGUCCUGCCUCACUACGGAGGUCUCUCAUCCUGGAAAAAGCAGAAGAUGAGCUGUUUGGGUUUGAGAUUACGUGUAAUGACAGUUCUUCUGAAGAUGUGAGGCUUUCCGUGAUUUCUGUGGAGCCGGAGAGUGUAGCUGACAGGGCGGGCAUGAAGCCUGGGGAUGUCCUUGUUUCGGUAAAUGAUGUGUCUGUAUCUGAGUGCUCUCAUCAGCAAAUCUCUGACACCAUUCUCAAUUCCUGCUCAAGCAUCAGGUUGGAAACCAUUAGUGCAGUUGUGGCCAAGAAAAUAGAACUGAAGAGGAAACUAUGGCAACUGAAGUGUCAACUGGAGGAGAAAAAAGUCGAGCUGUACUCUUUGUCUUCACGGGAACGGCAGCUCACUGGGGAGAAACUAGAGAAGUGUGACUCUGUCAUGUCCCUGAUCUCCUUCCCCGACGACGACUGCAGCUCGGGCCAGGGCAGCACCGGGAGCCGACUGAGCGCGUGCGGAAGCGCGUCGGCCAUGUCCCUCUGCUCCACCUUCGAGGACCUCUCCAUCGGCUCUCUCUCCGUCCGCAACUCGGGCUCCACGUACUCCGCCGGCGGCGCCGUGGACCACCGCCAGUCCUUCCCCUUCUCCGACACGGCGGCCAGCUCGUCCAACUCGCUCAACGCUCCGUCUCCGUCUCCGCUGGGUUUCCCAUUGGCCGAUGGAGAUCAUGGAUCGUCAGACCCCAACAUUGCCAUCUCCUCCUCAUCCACCUCCUCCAGCCCACCACAGUCGUUGCGUAGGAGGUCGCCCAAGGGGCGGUCAAGACAGACCGGUACCCUAAACAGGCUAACGAGCCUCUUCUCCGGGUCUCGAGCCUCUGUGGCGGAGGAAGGGAUCCAGGAAGAUGUAUCAUGAAAAGCAGAUUACAUUAUUACAUUACGUUACACGACGUUACAUUACGUUACAUUACAUUUAGCUGACGCUUUUAUUCAGAGCGUCUUACAUUUCCUAAAUUUUUCAGGGUAUUGGUUACAGUCCCUGGUGGGGUUAGGUGCCUUGCUCAAGGGCACUUCAGCCAUGGAUGCAGGUGUAGGGAGAGGUCAGGUGGGAUUCGAACCUACAACCCCCAGAUUGACAGACCAGCUCCCUAACCGUUAGGUCACGGCUGCCCCACUAUAUUACUGUAAUAAUGAUGAAAAUGAGUGGAAUUGGACGGCAAAGCGUUG